GGCUAGAACCCAUAGCUAUAAAAUGAGUUUAAAAAAGCUUGAUAUGUGAUUAUUUCAUUUUUCAAAAUUAAAAAUUCAAAACAAGCCAACUUCAGGGUCAUAUUUUCAGGGUCCUGUCUUCUGUUACUUCUUCUAUAGUUUUUAAAAUUAAGUCAUUGAUUUUAUAAUAAAAUGGACAAGGAAUUCAUACUCCCGGAUAGUGGCGUAAUAUUUGGUCACCAACCCUGCCAAACUAAAGAUGCAAAAUGGUUGUGCUUGGAGAAUGUUUACGAGCACUGUUAUCGGCCGCACAUGUACGACAUCGGCGGAACUUACAUCGAAGAUCUUCCUCAUUAUUGGUUCUAUUACAAAAUUGAAAUUGUAGGGAAACUGUUUCUUUUGCAUAUUUUUGUAAGCAGCCGUAGCGAAGGCACAUUUAAUGUUUCAAUAAGCUGUAACAGUGAGAUAGUAUUCAAGAGGAAACAGCGUGUGGCUUAUCUGACUUCUUCGCUCAAAACUCACAAAUUUGAGAAGGCAUCAGAGAUGUCUCAAAACUAUUUAAUAACAUACAGUUUCUCAGAUCUCGAUAUAGAAAUCAUGAAAGGCAUGAAGUUGUAUAUUCCUAUCUCAUUUGAUAAUUUUUCUAGCGGUAAUGGCAUAAGGGAAGCAGAUAGAGAUCAUGACCUUCGAGCACUUUUGCACGAUCCAUUUGGUGCUGAUUUUGUAAUAGAAUCAGCUGAGGGUGAAAAGUUUAAAGUUCACAAAACAUUCCUGAGUGCACACAGUGAAGUAUUUAAGGCAAUGUUGAAGGAGAACACUGCAGAAAGUCAAAAUAGUUACAUGAAGAUGGUAGAUGUUAACAAGGACGAUUUAAAAUUCAUCAUAGAGUAUAUUUACACUGGUACUAUUGAAGAUUUAGAGGGUAGUAACUUCUUCAACCUGCUUAUGUUGGCCGAUCGGUACAACCUACAAGGACUGAGAGAGUUAUCAGAGUGUGCGCUUGCUUCUCAAAUCACCUUAGAUAAUGUCAUUGAAACUUUAGCUGUUGCAGAUCUAUAUAAUGCAGAAAAUUUAAAAAUAGCAGCCCUUAAGUAUAUAAAAUGUAAUAAUGUUGCCAUCCACAAUAUUAUGUUUGAAGAACUCAAUAGUGCUGAGUUAAUAAGAGAGAUUUGUCAAUUUCUUGUACCAAGCUAAGCGUAACCAGGGAAUUGAUAGUUUUGUAUUUUGUACUUCUUUUAAGUUUUUGAAAAAUAUAAUUUCUGUACUAUU